GCUCCGAUUAAAAUGCAACGAUUGUUGCCAAGUUUAAUGUCGAUUUCUCGACAAUACUCAGUGAUGAAGUUGUCCAAGUCUCUAGGCUCGAACGAGGGACAGAAAUGCUUGAACCUUCAAAGUUCCGAUAUUCUUUCUGCAUCGAUGACGGAAUCUCAAACAGCUUCCGUCGACGAAUCAUUACGAACGGACACGAUUCCUCUGUUGGACCAUACAGCGACUACCGAGGUGUCACCGACCACGUUCGAGGUAUCCACGAUGAAGGUCGAUUCGCAGGUCUUUGACAAAGCGCCGUUGCCCUUCGACGAGAUCCCUGGACCGGCGAUUCUUAAGAUCUGGGAGAAAUAUUGGAAAUACGUGCCGCUCCUCGGUACGCAACUGCUUUCCAGUCUGCUAAUCAACAGAUUCACCCAGGGACGAUUAACGUGGAAUCGCAAUAUCACACCUUUAAAAUACUUGUUCAACGAAUAUGGUUGCAUCGUGAGGAUUAACGGACCUCUUUCAGGAGAUAUUGUCAUGAUUCACAGACCCGAGCACAUAGCUGAAGUCUUUAAACAGGAAGGUGAUACACCUGUACGAAGUGGGAUCGAUAUUUUGCAACAUUAUCGGUUGAAUUAUCGUAAAUAUCGUCUUGCAGGGCCGUUCUCCAUGCAGGGUACAGAAUGGUUGGAAAUCAGAGACAAAGUGGAAGACACGUUCAAUCAAAUUUCCUCGACGUUUUUUACUAAAAUCGACACGUGCUGCAACGAGCUUAUCACUAGGAUAUGCAAAAUACGCAAUAGACAAAAUGAGGUGCCCGUUAGCUUUUACGAGGAUUUGAUUCGUUGGGCCAUGGAGUGUUUCUGCGAUCUAACGUUCAACAAACGUCUAGGCUUUCUGGAGCCGAUAGGUUACAAUUCAUCGUCCGAAGCAUCGAAACUUAUAAACGCGUUGACGACGGCCCACAAGUAUAUGAGCCGCUGUGAAACUGGAUUUCAAGUUUGGCGAUUCUUCUUGACACCGUUCGCCAGAAAGCUUUUCGAGGCUUGUGACGUGCUCGAUAAUGUCAUAGGAAAAUAUGUUCGUCAAGCCCAGUGUAAACUUCGAAUUCGAAAAUCUCACAGCGAAGAAAGUUCGAUGACCGAACGUUCGCCCGUUUUGGAAAAGUUACUCUUGAACGAGGGUAUUCAUCCGGAUGAUAUCUGUACGAUGCUGAUGGAUAUGAUCAUUUUGGGUAUACAAGCGACGGUGAAUUCAGAGGCAUUUUUGUUAUAUCACUUGGCAAAGAAUCCUCGGACUCAAAGGAAAGUUUACGAUGAAAUCAUAUCCGUUCUGUCAAACGAUAACUCUUCUUUCACAGAGAAGUCAUUGAAAAAUAUGCCGUAUUUGAAAGCUUGCAUUCAGGAAACUUUAAGAUUGCAUCCCGCGAUUCCGUACAUCACAAGACUCUUACCAAAAACUAUAUCCCUUCAUGGAUACACAAUACCUAAAGGGACGUUUGUCAUAAUGGCGAAUCAAAUCACCUCGCAACGCGAGGAGAACUUUGAAGAUCCAUUCAAGUUCUGGCCGGAAAGAUGGUUGUCCAAUUCUUCCAAGGAGGACGUACACUUUAGCUACUUACCUUUUGGCCACGGCAUAAGGUCGUGCUUAGGGAAAAAUAUGGCUGAAGCAAAAAUGAUGCUGCUGACCGCGAAGCUUGUACGACAAUUCAGAAUUGAAUACGAUUACGCUGAUAUCAAAAGCAGAUUUAUGAUGGUGAAUGUACCCAAUAAACCUCUUCGUUUCCGUUUCGUGAAUAGGAAUUAGAUCACAUGCGAUAGUUAGUUAUAAGCACCGAUUAUUGUAACGAGCGGUGUAGGUAGAAAUAUAUUUCAUUUCUUGUUGAUUAAGUUAAGUACCUCAGAUACAGCGAUACAUAAUUUAGAGUAAGUAACAAUAGUUGUAAUUUGUCACUCACUUUUAUUCAAUAUUGAUUACAUGGAGAAAAAAUAAUAAAAUAUCGUUAUCUGUCCAUUAAA